AGAAGAAUACAAAUCCUGGAAUAUGAAAUAAUUUUCAUAUAUAUAUAUAUAUUUUUUUUUUUUCCUAUGAUUUGUUUGUGUACACUAUUAAGCAAAAUCUGAACUGUUGUAGGGUUAUUUCUCGUUACGAUUAAAGUUGGAAGAUGAACUGUCGGCAUCUGAGUGUAUAUUCAUGAAUCAAACGAGGCAAUAUUUCAGCAAUUGAAUCAUUGGUCAUUAUUUGAACCAAUCGAUUGUAAAGAUGGCAAAUCCACUGCUCGAGUACGAGACGGAGAUGUUUCUGAGUUUGUUUAGCACGGACGGGCUGCUGAUUACAGCAGAGGGACUCGGUAUUGACCGCAUCCUGUUACACUUCAUGAGAGUGUAUUCAGAGGAGGGCAGUUUGGUGCUGUUAUUGAACACAACAAUUCCAGAACAGGAGUAUUUUACUGAGCAGCUGCGUGCAGAAGGGGUGAGCCAUCUUCCCCAGACUGUGACCAGUGAUGUACAGAGUGGUGACAGGUAUAAUGUAUAUACUAAAGGAGGAGUUCUCUUUGUGACAAGCCGCAUCCUGGUGGUGGACUUCCUUACAGACAGAAUUCCUGCACACCUUAUAACAGGAAUCCUUGUGUAUCGUGCCCACAAGAUCAUUGAGUCUUGUCAGGAGGCUUUCAUUUUGAGGCUUUAUCGGCAAAAAAAUAAGACUGGGUUCAUCAAGGCCUUUACAGACAAAGCUACAUCCUUCUCCUCUGGCUUCUGUCAAGUCGAGCGUGUCAUGAGAAACCUGUUUGUGAAGAAGCUCUUUCUCUGGCCAAGAUUCCAGGCAUCAGUAAACGCAACUCUGGACAGGCAUAGACCUGAUGUGGUGGAGCUGCAUGUAUCUCUGACUCCAGCAAUGACAGCCAUUCAGAGCUCUAUUCUGGACAUCAUGAACGCCUGUUUGAAGGAGCUGAAGCGCUACAAUCCCACACUAGAAGCAGAAGACCUCUCUCUGGAGAAUGCCCUUGGCACUUCCUUUGAUAAAACAAUCCGACAUUACCUUGACCCAUUGUGGCAUCAGCUUGGAUCCAGGACCAAAUCUCUAGUUCAUGACCUGAAGAUUUUAAGAACCCUUCUUCUCUACCUCACUCAGUAUGACUGUGUCACCUUCCUCAAUCUGCUGGAGUCUUUGAGAACCAGCCAGAAAAGCUUUGGUAGUAAUUCAGGCUGGUUGUUCCUGGACUCAAGUACAUCGAUGUUUGUGAAUGCUCGCAGCCGUGUGUAUCACAUUCAAGAGUCAAAGAAGAAAUUGAAAAUGGGAAAGGUUGAUCAAAAGCAAAGUGCUAUAGCCACUCUAAAAAGAGAACUUGUGCUUGAAAAAAAUCCAAAAUGGGAAGCUCUAACCGAGGUGCUACAGGAGAUUGAGAAAGAGAAUAGCAGCUCUGAGCAUGAACCAGGCCGUGUGUUGAUAUGUGCCAGUGAUGACAGAACCUGUGCUCAGCUGAAGGAAUAUAUCCAUAAAGGCGCAGACCACCUACUAAAUCGUCUUUACUCACGCACAAUUGGAAAAGAUGACACCCAGACUGAUCUACUGAAGACUGCGAAAGGCUGGCCCAGGAAGUGCGCUGGUAAGAUUAGCAAAGGGAAGAAUCUGCAGCCAAAAAGAGCCAAAGCCAACUCAAAGAAACCCACAAAGAUCGAGAAACAAAAGAGAGCCUCUCAGAUGGAAAGACAGAAGGAAGGAGCUGAGAAUGACCUGAUUAUGAACAGUGAAGAUGAAGGAGGUCUGGCUGAAGUGGUGGUGGAGGAAGAAGAUGAGGAAGAAGAGAUUCUUCUCGAUCUGUCUUCAGAUGAUUACUAUGGUAUUCUGAAGGAGCCACUGACUGUUAUUCACCCACUGAAUGGAUGCAGUGACCCCUACAGUUUGACACGGGUGUUGCACGAGUUUGACCCCAUGUUUGUUGUUUUGUAUGAUGCUGAACUCAGUUUUGUCCGGCAACUGGAAAUAUAUAAAGGCAGCAGGCCAGGAAAACCUCUCCGUGUGUAUUUUCUUAUAUAUGGAGGCUCAACAGAAGAGCAGAGGUAUCUUACAGUCUUGAGCAAAGAAAAAAGAGCAUUUGAGCACCUCAUAAGGGAAAAGGCCAGUAUGGUUGUGCCAGAAGAGAGAGAAGGUAGAGAGGAUACCAACAUAGAUCUUGCCCGCAGUCAGGAGCCCGCCAGUACCGACACCCGCAAAGCAGGUGGUCGCAAAGAUGAUAAACAGUCUCAUCGGAUCAUAGUUGACAUGAGGGAGUUCCGCAGUGAGCUCCCAUCCCUCCUGCAUCGACGGGGUCUGGACAUUGAACCUGUGACUCUUGAGGUCGGCGACUACAUACUGACAUCUGAGAUCUGUGUAGAGCGCAAAAGUGUCAGUGACCUCAUUGGUUCCCUGCAGAGUGGCCGUCUGUACACACAGUGCCUUGCUAUGACUCGAUUCUAUCGCCACCCUGUGCUUCUCAUUGAGUUUGACCCAGCAAAGCCUUUCUCCCUGGUGGCCCGCAGUGACUUCCGUCAGGAGAUCUCCGCCAGUGACGUCACAUCCAAACUGACACUCCUUACCCUCCAUUUUCCCCGGCUGAGGCUGCUCUGGUGCCCAUCUCCCCAUGUAACUGCAGAGCUGUUUCAGGAGCUCAAACACGGCCGACCAGAGCCAGAUGCUUCUGAAGCUCAGGCCGUUACGGUGGAGUCUGAGACUGUGACGGAGUCGGCAGACCUUUACAACCCCGGGCCUUACGACUUUUUGCUUCGUAUGCCUGGAGUCAAUGUGAAGAACUUCAAGAGCCUCAUAAAACAUGCUUCCUGUCUGGCCGAUCUUGUGACAUGUAGCCAAGAAAAGCUAAGUGAGAUAUUGGGUAGCUCCAGUAAUGCUAGGCAACUGUAUGAAUUCCUUCACAAUUCCAUGGAUGUAGUGCCUAUUCAGAAGAACAAGUAGGUAUUGAAAAAAAGUAUUUGUGUGAUAAUCUCAGGUUUAUGUCAGUUUUGGUCAUUGUGCAUUGUCAAAGGAGGCAUUGAAAUUUAUUUAUUAUGAAACUUUUGUAUAAUAUGGAAUUAAUGAUUGUUAUUGUAUUUCUGAAUAUUUAAAUGCUUUGUAAAAGAAAAUGUUAUCAAACUUUCGAAUUGCUUUAAUUUUGUAAUGCCUUGGUACAUUGCAUUUAAGGGUUAAGGUAUAGUUGUGUAUUGUAAACACCUAUUGUAGAUAACUAGACAUUUAAAUUUAAAUGCAAUUGUUUGCUUAUAAAAGUUUGAUGUCUCGUGUUGUCUUUGGCUAGAGGCAUACUUCCACAUUUUACAUUUUCUUUGAAAGAUAUUUUUAAAAAAAUGAUCAUCAUUAAAUAACUGUGUCUGUAUCUGUGUUCAAUAAAAUAUCA